UUAUCUGAAAGAAAAUAAAUGUACACACACCUAUUCAAUAAUUUUAGUCUAAAAAAACAUCAUGAGGAGUAACAAAACGAUCAACACCCCACUCACUCGUUACACAAAAUAUCUCUCUAUAUUUAUAUAUGAACAAGCUCGAACCAAGAUUGUAUACUAAAAUUUAGAACUAAAUUACACCAAAUGGAACAUCUUUGCGUCUGUCUUGUCCUCUGCGCUGCGAUGCUAGCACUUGGAAAAUUUCUCAAAAUUAUGUUCCAAGAUCGAAAGAAAUCAACAGCUGAUGUUCCACCGGGAAGCGAUGGUUUUCCGGUGAUCGGAGAAACACUUCAGUUCAUGCUUUCUGUCAACAGCGGCAAAGGCUUCUACGAAUUCGUCCGUAGUCGCCGUAUCAGGUACGGAGGUUGCUUUAGGACAAGUUUGUUCGGAGAGACACACGUGUUUCUUUCGACGACCGAUUCAGCUCGGGCUGUUCUAAACAACGAGUCAGGGAUGUUCACGAAACGGUACAUAAAGUCUAUAGGUGAGCUUGUAGGUGAUCGGAGCCUUCUAUGUGCUUCUCAACACCAUCACAAGAUCCUCCGUAGCCGUUUGAUAAACUUGUUCUCCAAAAGAUCGACGGCUCUGAUGGUUAGACAAUUUGACGAACUCGUCGUGGACGCUCUUGGUGGAUGGGAAGACCGUGGUACGGUGGUCUUGCUCACAGAUUUGCUCCAGAUAACAUUCAAAGCAAUGUGUAAGAUGUUAAUAAGUCUAGAAGACGAAGAAGAAUUGGGCUCCAUGCAAAAAGAUGUGGGCUUUGUUUGUGAAGCCAUGCUUGCUUUUCCUCUCAAUUUACCUUGGACUAGAUUCCACAAGGGAAUCAUGGCAAGAGGAAGAGUUAUGGAGAUGUUAGAAAAGAUAAUUAGAGAACGGAGAAAUGAAAUAAAUAGUCAAAAUAAUCAUCAUGAAGAUUUUCUGCAGCAGCUUCUCGCAGUAGAUAACUACACUCCUAAGUUGACUGAUGCUGAGAUUAAGGACAAUAUUCUGACCAUGAUCAUUGCAGGACAGGACACGACGGCUAGUGCUCUAACAUGGAUGAUCAAGUACCUCGGUGAAAAUCAGAAGGUUUUGGAUAUUCUUAUUGAAGAGCAAUCUCAGCUUACAAAUAAUAAGGCGUCAAAUAAACCUUUUCUUGAACUAGAAGAUCUCAGUGAAAUGCCAUAUGCCUCAAAGAUGGUGAAAGAAUCUCUGAGAAUGGCGUCUGUUGUGCCUUGGUUCCCAAGAUUAGUACUUCAAGACUGUGAAAUGGAAGGAUAUAAGAUCAAAAAAGGGUGGAAUAUAAAUAUUGACGCAAGAUCCAUUCAUCUUGAUCCUACUGUGUAUAAUGAACCUCACAAGUUCAACCCUUUAAGGUUUGAGGAGGAAGCAAAAGCAAACAGUUUCCUAGCAUUUGGGAUGGGAGGAAGAACAUGUCUUGGACUUGUUAUGGCCAAAGCCAUGAUGUUAGUAUUUCUCCACCGUUUUAUAACCACUUACAGAUGGGAAGUGGUAGAUGGAGAUCCAAGCAUCGAGAAGUGGACACUGUUUGCAAGAUUGAAGAGUGGAUAUCCAAUUCGCGUGUCACGUAGAUUGUAAAUUCAUAUGUUUCAAAUUAGAUCUUAUAUCCCAAUAAGUGUUCCUAGAUACGAUGAAUCAUAUCCAAAUGUGUAUUAUUUUUACGAGUUUGCAUGAAUGAAUGUCAUUUUGUCAUUACUCUAACACGAAAGACAGGUGAAGUUUC